AUGGAUUUAAAGUCAGACGGGUCAGAAGCUUUUCCUUUCACUUUCUGGCUUUUCAGAGUAAACUCUAACCCCCACAGACCUCCUCAGACCACCACAGACCUCCUCAGACCUCCACAGACCUCCUCAGACCUCUACAGACCUCCUCAGACCCCUACAGACCUCCACAGACCUCCUCAGACCUCCUCAGACCUCUACAGACCACCACAGACCUCCUCAGACCCCUACAGACCUCCUCAGACCUCCUCAGACCUCUACAGACCACCACAGACCUCCUCAGACCUCCACAGCCCUCCUCAGACCACCACAGACCUCCUCAGACCUCCUCAGACUUCUACAGACCUCCACAGACCUCCUCAGACCCCUACAGACCUCCUCAGACCUCCACAGACCCCUACAGACCUCCACAGACCCCUACAGACCUCCUCAGACCUCCACAGGCCUCCUCAGACCCCUACAGACCUCCACAGACCUCCUCAGACCUCCACAGACCCCUACAGACCUCCACAGACCUCCUCAGACCCCUACAGACCUCCUAAGCCCUUCUCAGUCCUUUUCAGACCCCCUACAGACCCGCUCUGA